CAACAAUUUUUUUUUAUCUCGGCGACGGUUUAGCGAAUCUCCGGCGAAGAAGAUAAAAAGCUAUGACGACAAUCAGUAUGCGCAAGCAAAACACGAGGCUCCCACCUGAGGUGAACCGCGUGCUCUACGUCCGUAACCUCCCGUUCAACAUAACGAGCGAGGAGAUGUACGACAUCUUCGGCAAGUACGGCGCGAUUCGCCAGAUUCGCAUCGGCUGCAACAAGGACACGAAAGGCACGGCCUUUGUCGUGUACGAGGAUAUCUACGAUGCGAAGAACGCUGUGGAUCAUCUCUCGGGCUUCAACGUGGCGAAUAGGUACUUGAUUGUGUUGUACUACCAGCACGCGAAGAUGAGCAAGAAGUUCGAUCAGAAGAAGAAUGAAGAGGAGCUUGCGAAGUUGCAGGAGAAGUAUGGUGUCUCUACUAAAGAUAAGUGAACAUGUGUGUCGUUGAUUCGAUGAUUUAGGGUUUUUAAUUGGGGAAAGUGUUGAACUUUUGUCUUCGUAUUCUGUAUUGGGGUUUGGUGGAGUUUGUUUGUAUGUUGAACUUGUUUGGUUCUUUUGUCCUUUAUAUCGACAAAUCAAUGAAAAAGAACCUCUUUUUAAGUACUA